ACAAGUCUGAGUCUCUAACUCCAGUCCCUGUCUCUGGCCUCUGGAGUGGAGUGAUAUGUUAUCAACCUGAACCAGACCUCACCAUAUAACACACCACAUCAUGGUGGUGCAGCCUGCUAUCUCACUCCUAUUGGCUGUGCUGGCGUGCAGCGGGCCGGCUUGGUCGUCCCCGCCGCUACUGCUCCGCCCCCGGGAGCGAGAGAGGGACUCGGGCGGGGCUUCGGGAGGAGUCAACAUUGCCGUGGUCCACUCGGGCUCCUCCCACCUCCCGGAGACGAGUGUAGGGGUAGGGGGCACCUUGGCGGCAGGUGCAGGUACAGCAGCAGGAACAGGAGUGGGCACAGGCUGGCCAGGGCAGGUGGGUGAGAGUGUGAUGACACCAUGGGGCCCAGCAAAUGUCAUCUGGCUGGCAGUAAACGAGAGCAGCCCAGGAAGCCUCUUGCUACAGCUGUGCGAGCUGCUGGCCAGCACACCACUGCAAGGCCUAGUGUUCGAACAAGAAAAGCCGCCACCGCCUGAGCGUGCCCCGCUGGCACCUGUGCUUGAGUUUGUCUCAGCACAAACUGGUGUGCCCAUCAUGGCUGUGGGAGGUGGAGCUGGGCUGGGCAGAGAGACACAGGAGAGUGGCUCAGUCUACCUGCAGUUCGCAUGUUCCACUGCACUACAGCUCGAGGUCGUCUUUGAAGUACUGGAGGAGUUCGACUGGACAUCGUUCUCAGUAGUCACCACUCGCCAACAUGGUUACGAGGACUUCCUGGACAUGGUGGAGGGUAUCACCGAUGGCUCGUUUAUUGGCUGGGAGAGAAAGAGCUCGGUGAUGCUUAACCUUACAGAUGAUCCUGGAGGGGCAAGAACUCGCAGGCUGCUAAAAGAGAAUGAGGCUCAGGUCCGGCUCCUGUACUGCUCACAUGAAGAAGCGGAGCAGAUUUUCAAGGCAGCAUGGCUCUCAGGCCAGGCUACCCCAUCACACAUGUGGUUUGCUGUGGGCCCAGCCCUUUCCGGACUUGGAGUGGAAGGCCUGCCUAAGGCGUUGUUUACUGUGCGGCCUCAGGGAUGGCGAGAUGAGCCACGCCGUCGCAUUGCUAAAGGAGUUUCUGUUCUAACGCACGGGGCCAUGGCACUAAGAAGGGAGUAUGGUGGAGCUAGGGGGACAGGCUUUGCCGGAAACUGCAUGACUGAUGGAAACCAGACACAAAGGAUACCUGACAGAAUAAGGUACUUCAGUAACAUCACUCUGUCGGGACGAGACUACUCCUUUAAUGAUGAUGGCUAUUUAGCCAAUCCACUGGUGGAUGUAAUCUCCUACACUGCAGGUCGUGGCUGGGAGGAGGUGGGCUGGUGGGAGAAUGGCGUGCUGCGUCUGCGAUACCCGCCCUGGUCACGUUACGGCCCGUUCCUCAAACCGCUCGAUGACAGUCAACACCUGCGGGUAGUCACUUUGGAGGAGAGGCCCUUUGUCAUUGUGGAGCCAGCUGACCCUGGAACUGGCUCGUGCAUCCGGGACUCUGUGCCGUGCCGUCUACCCCUUAACACCAGCGUGGUGUUGGAAGGCAUACAUUCCAUGAAGCAUUGCUGCAAAGGUUUCUGCAUUGAUAUCCUCAAGCGACUGGCCAAAAUUGUAGGUUUCACAUAUGAUCUCUACCUGGUGACUAAUGGAAGGCAUGGGAAGAACAUAGAUGGAGAAUGGAACGGGAUGGUUGGGGAGGUGGUGUCCAAACGAGCAGACAUGGCAAUCGGCUCACUAACUAUCAAUGAAGAGAGGUCAGAAGUUGUUGAAUUCUCGGUUCCCUUUGUGGAGACUGGCAUCAGCGUUAUGGUCUCUCGGAGCAACGGCACCGUCUCUCCAUCUGCUUUCCUGGAGCCUUACAGUCCUGCAGUAUGGGUGAUGAUGUUCGUCAUGUGCCUGUCUGUGGUGGCCGUAACCGUUUUUAUCUUUGAGUUUUUCAGCCCUGUUGGAUACAACCGAAGUCUACAAAGUGGAAAGAUGGCAGGAGGAUCUAAGUUUACCAUAGGAAAAUCCGUGUGGCUGCUGUGGGCUCUGGUCUUUAAUAACUCAGUUCCUGUAGAAAACCCGAGAGGAACCACAAGUAAGAUCAUGGUGCUGGUUUGGGCUUUCUUCGCUGUUAUCUUUUUGGCAAGCUACACUGCUAACCUGGCUGCCUUCAUGAUCCAAGAGGAGUACAUAGACACAGUGUCUGGCCUCAGUGACAAAAAGUUCCAGCAACCCACCGAGCAGUACCCUCCUCUUCGCUUUGGCACAGUCCCAAAUGGCAGCACGGAGGAGAAUAUUCGCAGCAACUACCCUAACAUGCAUCAGUUUAUGGUGCGCAACAACCAGAGAGGAGUUGAGGAGGCCAUAGACAACCUCAAGACUGGCAAACUGGAUGCUUUUAUCUACGACGCGGCUGUGUUAAACUACAUGGCACGGAAAGAUGAGGGUUGUAAAGUGAUGACAAUUGGUUCAGGAAAGGUGUUUGCCACUACAGGAUAUGGCAUCGCUCUGCACAAGAACUCACGCUGGAAGCGACCUCUAGACCUUGCUUUGCUGCAACUGGUGGGAGAUGAUGAAGUUGACAUGCUGGAGCGCCUUUGGCUCUCUGGAAUUUGUCAUAAUGAUAAAAUUGAAGUGAUGAGUUCCAAACUGGACAUAGAUAACAUGGCAGGAGUGUUCUACAUGCUACUGGUUGCAAUGGGUUUAAGCCUUUUGGUCUUUGCCUGGGAACACCUGGUAUACUGGAAGCUCCGCCAUUGCUUGGGUCGUUCAAAAGGACUGGACUUCCUGCUGGCUUUUAGUCGGGGAAUGUACAGCUGCUGCAAUUUUGAAGAUGAAACAACCACUGUAGGUAACCAAACGGCACUUCCACAAUACCAUCCCAUCUCCACCAUGCCUCCGCCUGCUCCGCCUCACAUGGUCAGUGCAAAUGUUACCAACUCUUCCAUCGCAAUGGCACAACAGCAACAGCAGCAAAAGCUUCACCAGCAACAGCAACAGCCAGUGUACAAUUCCCUUCUUCCUGGAUCUCUACCAACAGCUGGGCAUUCAGGCAUGGCUCUUGGGCCUUCGAACAGCCCGAUACUUGGGGCACCUAUGCCAUGCUCCACAUUUUUACCUCGUCACGAUCGACGACUAGCUGUGGUGGAUAGGUGGGCACGUCCAAAAGCAGGUCCUGAAAAGACAAGUGCCAUUAACAGUGGAAUCACAGAUGUUGCACAAUUCUCACAGGUCCUGCUUCCACAGUGGGCUGCAGUGAGUGGAGGAGAGGGAGGUCUGGAUGAAUAUAAAAGAUACUAUGGCCCAAUUGAUCCAGAGGGAUUGGGGGUCUCUGGAGACCCACAAAGUGUAGUUUCCCAAACUCCAAAAACCACACAUCAAACUAAGCCUUUGGGGAACCCACGGUUGCCACAAAAAAAACAACCCUCUGGACAUUUACCCAUAAGCCCAGCUUUGCCUCAUGCAUCUCCACCACAGCAGUCUAUCUGGAGGAGAAGCAGUGUUACGAAAAGAAAAGGCUCUGGGGGACCCCUAUAUGAAAACAUCCUUCCUUUAGGACGGAGAGGUGGGGGCAGGUAUGGAGGGAGGGAUGGAGCAGGGAGAGGUCGUCGUCCUCCUCCUUUGCCUCUUCCUAUGCCUCUUCCCUUCUCUUCUCCUAACCAAAUUCCUCUUUCACCCUCACCUACUGUGCACUACAUUUCCACCUCCUCUAGCACAUCCAGCUCCUCCUCCACAUCCUCUUCUGUAUCAGUCUCACGAUCUAAUUCCCCUUCCUACUCCACUUCUUCGUACUCAUCACAAAGUUUCAAAUACAGGGCAGGUGAAAGAGAGGCCUAUGAUGAGUUUGACACAGAUGAGCUUACAGAGGAGUCAAGCCUUCUUUUGGGUAGGAGAAAAAGUCGUUCACACAUGUCAUCUCGGUCCCUGCCCUGCAGUCCACCUCCUCCUAUACCACCACGUAAACCUUGCACACAGAAGCCACAAAUGAGGGACAGUGCCGCUAGCCAGCUGGCACAACUCCAGGAGUGGUGGGCUUCAUGGGGGGAAAAAGAGAGAGCUAGAAGAACAGGUGGUGGGAGAGGUAAGGAAAAAGAAGAGAAACGGUAUUAUAAAGAGAGAGAAAGGGAGAGAAGGAGGAGAAAGAAGAGUCGAAAGAAAAAGAAGAGGGGAGAGCGUGAAAGAGAGCGAGAGCACAAAAGACAUAAAGUAAAAAAGAAAAAAAAAAAGGACGGGAAAACCAGGAAAAGGGAGAAGGAAAAGCGGCCAGGUCAAGAAGAAGGUGAACUUGAUGGUAAAGAGGUAUUUGAAAAGGGGAUGGAACAGAAUCUGCCGACCUACCCUGAACUCAGGCGUAGCUCUUUCCAAAAGAAGAGUGAAAGCUCUAUACGGAGUUAUGACUGGGACAUAAAAAGAGAGGGAGGGAGGCGAGAGAGUGAUAAUCAAGAAGGUGGUGAUGAAGAAGGGGCUAGGAGAAAAGAAAAGCACCACAGGAACCCUCAGUCCUAUCACCAUUCAAGGCCAAAGUCUAACAGUAAGCGCUAUCCCACUUCAAGUAAAAGCUCAACAUCAGUUAAAUUUUGGGGGAAUACACAUUCUGAAACUCCAUCUUCUUUUCUUCCUCUUUUUCCUCUUAACUAUAAAAGAACACAGUCUUUUGGGUCUGAAAGAGAGGAACAUGCAAAAGGAGGUGAAAUUCGUCCCCUUUUAGGUAAGAACGGAAGAGGUAAGACCUACUCCAGAGAAGGCUUGUCAUUUCAUGAAUGGGAUUCAGAAGAGGAGGAUGGGGAAGAAUCAGAAGAGCGAGACAGAAAUGAGGAACGAAGAAGAAGAAGACGAGAGAGCAGAGUAAUAGAAUCCGAAUCUGAAAGGGAAAGGGACAAAACUGUUGAGAUCUAUACAGAUGAUGAGGGCUCUUCAGGUGAAUUUGGCAAGUUUGAGAGAUACUGGGAAGGGCAUGAAGGAAGGGCCGUUGGAGGCAUUGGAGGUGGAGGCUGGUUUUUUGGCACCUAUCCUUCUAGGGAGAGAGCGGGCAGUAUAAACAGUAGAGACAACCUUUUUAUAGGAGGUAGAGAAAGUAGCUGUGGCUUUGGGGGAGGCUCAAGAUGGGGGUCUGGAGGUUUAGGAUCAAAUCAAUGGCCACCAACACCUUUGACUCCUCCACCACCUCGGAGAUAUUGGUCUGUGGACAAAUUACCUGUAAAAACUGAAAAGAAGUCUAAGAGGAGAUCCCAGGAGAAAAGUGAAUGCCAUACUGCCUGUUCCUGCCAGUCACCCCACCACUACAAGUGGAACCGAGUGACCUCUCGUAGUCAAGAGGACCUGCUGCCUCACUGCCAAAGUUUCAGCAACAUCAACCGGCCAAAACGGCAGUCCUCCAAACCAGACCAAGCUCAAGGCCAAGUCAAGUCUGGAAGUCAAUCAAACCUCAGUGUUCAUAGAUCACAGCAUUCUGAGAGGUCAAGAGAGAUAUCAUCUCCUCAGACUCUACCACCAUCUUUGCCAGCCCCAAUGGUCCCAGCUCUUCCUGCACCUCCAUCAUCCUCCCACCCAGUUCACGUUCCUCUACCUACCUCCUCCUCCUCUGUUUCAUCGCCAUCAGCCAUUUCCUCAACAACUGGUGCCCUGCAGCCCUCCUCGAUAUCCUCCUCCAGUGCCAAGCUCCAGUACCAGAGACUGUGUUCAGUGCCCCAGCCACAAAGGUACCAAUCACCACAUCUUCCGUUCAAAACCAAGAGUUUGUGCUCACGUCGGGACUCUGCCCACUUCUCCAGUGUGGAGAGUGAGGUCUGAGGCAUAGAGUCAAAAAAGAGACAUCAGCAAACAGUCUGAGCCAAUUUGUUUUUUGUUGGUUUUAUAACGGUGAGAUGGGUCCCUUUAUUUCUUGCACAAGUCUUUGCUGUGCUAUUGAAAGAAAGGUGGAUCUAGGUAUAUCACAUGUGGCGUUUCUUUUUAUACUGCAUAAGAAUGGUACUACCUUUCUGAGAAACCUCUCUCUGUUCAAGAGGAUUUAUCUAAAUGUGAUUGGCUGUGCUUUUCUCAGUUUUAUGGGGCACUUGGGUAGAAUGGUUGAAUAUUCUGAACGGAAUGUGGUGUUUGACCGUUGUGGUGCUUGUGGACUCAGGUGUGACCCUUGGAUCUCAAGGGGAGAUUCAGAGGCAGAAUCCUUUUAAUAACCCCCCACAGUGUUAUUCUCACCCUUUGUUUAUGCUUUGAAUUAUGGCAUUGUCCUUGCAUUUGUAUUUCAAGAGAUGCAUUCAUUACAAAAAAGGUAGCAGCUUUGUGUCCCUCUUUGGUCUCCCCCUACCUCUGCAGACUCGUUUUAGCAUUCUGGUUCACCUUGUAAACAUUUUUAUUUUCUUAACAGGGUAAGACAACUUCUACUGAUCAGUGUAUGACUCCUUGAAACCCACUGAAAAAACUCGAGUUGAGCUACUGCACAGUCAUAUUUAGAUCUUAUUUGUUUCCCUUAAGCAAUACAUAAUUCUCAUCGAUAUAUGUGUCUACUUUGUGGUUAAGACUUUGAGAAACAUAAGCACUGUGCAAUAUUAUAGUGAGGGCACACACAGCAUUUCAACUACCUAUAAAGCGGCAGCCCAUCCCCUCACAACUGAAUGUACAUGUUGCCAUGACAACACAGUGUGCUGCAACCAAGUAACUAAGGUCGUAGCUUCUUCUUUUUUUCUUUUUUUCUUCAAGGUAAUAAUCCAAUUUAAGUGUUUUGGGUUAACUUGUUUUAAGUGCAAAAACAAAUAGCUAGCCAUAUGGAGCGCUGUACCAUCAACCACAUUAUAUGUUAGAUUUAGAACUUGCCAUUAUUCAGAUCGCGAAAAAGCAAGAGAGCACUGUUUACAGUUAAGCACUGUGUUUUUACAUGUUUUUUCUAACUGCUCUGCUUUGUCACUUUACUAGCUGUUGUGAUCCAUACUUAAGUAGGUCAUGCAGAUUACAGCAAAUGUGAAUAAUAACAACCAGACACCAGAAAUUUUUCGGGCACUUUAAAAAGAAAAAGUAAAAAAAAAAAAAUCUAAUAUUCAUGGAAGAUCUGGAAAAAUGUUUCAUUUAUAUUUUGCUUUUAGCUUUGUGAUUGUUAUAAUUGACCAUUAAUACUGAUAAGGGCAUCUGCACGUUGGUACCAGGACUGAGUCAAAUAUGAACUCAAAUAUAUGUUUGUAGCAAUUCCAGAACUUUUCCAUAAUCAUAAAGUUCUACAAUUCCACUUUUUUUAUUUGACUUUUCCCCCAGUUCAAGUAUUUUAAAAAGCAUUCUUUUACAUGUAACCCCCCGCCUUGAAAAAAAAAAAAAUACUAAUAAUUUUUACGCAUAAUUGACUCAGUCCUAAUCACAGACCAACGGGGUUAUUUAGCUUUUUUUUUGUGUGCUUGUGACUGCAUCUGAGCCAUACUAAGCUUAUCUAUUGUAUGCCGAGCUUUUAAAAAAAAGUACUAAUUGGAUUACAAUGUUGACGAGCUGAACAAUGUCAAGAUACUGUGCGCUAAACCUUCAAUGACUGUGAUGUACAGAUCAAGAGCACAGUAAAAUGUAUUUUAAAUCCUCAAAAGCCAGAAUCAGUGACCCAUUACUUGAAUGUCACACAUUUUCUCGACAACUCAUAUGCAUUGUUUAUCUUGACACUAAACUUGGACACCUGUCAGCUUAUAUGUACAUCAUUUGAUUCCGAUUUUGACUGUUGUGCAAUACUUGUCUAGAUUUCUUUAUAUAUAGAUGUACCUCAUAUAUAUGUGUUUGUGAAGUUUAGAUAGCAAUAGAGAAAUAUGUGUUCAGCAUAACAGUCUAGCUGAAAACAAAAAUAUAAGUUUCACUCAUGUAUUUGACCAGAUUAAAUGAUAAAGAUGUGCUCUAU